AUGCAUUUCUCCCGCCUCGCGCCAGCUGUGGCUGGCCUUGUCGGUGCCGCUCACGCGCAUCUCCCUGGCCUUCUCGGUGGUGUCAGCCAGUCUCCCGCUACCUUUGACUGCGGCUCCAGCUGGGACAACGAGGUCCUCUUCGACGGUCUCGUUGCCGCCGAGACUGAGACCGACGCCGCCAUCUCCUUCGGACUCAACCUCAAGGAGGCUCAGGUCGAGGGCGAUAUUUCCAUCCAGGCUCUGGAGGACUUUGUCAAGGAGCCCACCCUUCGCCUCGACCUCGCCGGCGUCAAGGCCUACUUUGAGCUCGACCUCUCGGCUUCCGCUGCCGUGUACCAGACCGUGGAGCUCGUCUCCUCCCCCGAGCUGUCCGUCGAUGCUGGCCUUCUCGAGCUUCAGCUCGGCGCUGCCUUUGCCCUCGACCUGAUUGUCGGCGUCAACGCUGCUGUCGACCUGUCUGCUGGCUUCUACGUUUCAUUCCAAGAGGGCGACUACCUCGACAUCUCGGUUCUCACCAAGGAGGUUGUCAACACCAACCUCGAGGGUCAGCUGACCAAGGCCCUGCCCGUCGGUGUUGGCGCCGAGGUUGACCUGUCUGCUGAGAUCGAGGUGCAGCUCGGCCUCCGUCUCCGUUCGCACAUUGUCGUUGGCGCUGGCAUUGAUCUGCUCGGUCUCGAUGUCCUUGACGCUGGUGCCGAGAUUGCCAUCUGGGCCGACCUCCUGUCGCACACCAUCACUCUCGUCGAGACCAGCGACUGCCUCGUCUCCGUCACCAAUGACUUUGUCCUCAGCCUCGGCGUUGGUGUUGACGUCUAUGCUUCGGUCCUCGACAUCCUCGACAUCAGCCUUGCUCCCGAGGUGACUGUCAUUCUGGCCAAGAACCUCGGCCUGGAGAUCUGCCGCGAGGACCGUGGCACUGUUGGUGAAUUCUUGCGCCCUGCUGUCGAGGACGAGCCAACUGAGGCUAUCCCCUCUGGCUCUGACUCUGAGGCUGACUUUGCCACGCCCUCUGGCUCUGGCUCUGCUUCCGCGUCCGGCUCUGCUUCCGUUUCUGCCUCUGCCACGCCCGCUGCCAACGCCACCAUCACCAGCGACGGUCUCGUCACCAGCACCGCCACCACCACCAAGGUCUACACAAUCACCAGCUGCCACGCCUCGGUGCCCAACUGCCCUGCCUCCGAGACCCAGAAGAUUGUCACCUCGACCAUCAUCUCCUCCGUCACUGUCUGCCCUGUUGAGCAGACGGCCGAGCCUACUACCUCGUCCAAGACCAAGAAGCCUGUCCACACCAUCACCGAGACUCUGACGACUGUCGUUCCUUGCAAGCCCACGACCAGCACCUACACGCCCCCCAAGGACCACACGACACCCAUCGUGCCCACCGUCACCAUCACGGACUCCACGACUGUCUGCCCCGUCGAGACCGGCACUGUGGACAUGCCUGAGCCUACCGGCGUUCCCUCUGUCCCUGUCCCUGCCCCUACCGGCCCUACCGGCCCCAUUGAGAGCCCGACCUCGCAAGUCUCCGUUCUCACCACGCCUACCACCCCCCAGGUCCCCGAGGCUCCUACCAGCGAGGCCCCUGAGGCCCCUACCACUGAGGUUCCUGAGGUCCCCACUGAGAUCCCCCAGGUUCCCACCACCGAGAUUCCUCAGACCUGGACUCAGCCUGCUGUCAACAGCACAUGGACCAGCGUGACCACCCCUCACGCCCCUACUACCUGGGUUUCCCCCCCUGCUGUCACGCCCACUCAGCCUGCCGCUGGUGCGGCUGGCUCGGUCAAGGUCGGUAUGGCUCUGGCUAUGCCUGCCCUGGUUGCUCUGCUGUUUUAA